AUGACCAACAUGAAGGGACUGGAACGCAUUCAGCAGAUGAUCUUCUUCUUCUCGUGGAAGCGUCAAGCAGUGCAACGCCGACUGCAUCGCGUCCAGGAGCGACUCGCUUGCAGUCUGUUCACGUGCCACCCGGUUGCUGCGUUGCUGCUAAUGGAGGUGCGAGAUGUGUGCGCGGACAUCGAACGUGAAGCAGAGCGCGACUACACCCAAGCCGACACGAGCUACACGCUGGAGAGACUCGCGCACCUCCAUCGAGAACGCGUGCGCGCUGCAAAAGCUGCCAUUGCCAAGAAGAUCCACGCGCUCUGCGUGACGAUCGAUAGUGCUACGCAGAACAUCUCGCGAUACAAAGAAGGAGAAGGAUGCAGCUACGCCAUCACAGACCAUGAAGCUUUCAGCAAGGCGCUGAGGUUAUCCAGUCUACGAGAACGCAUGUUCACGUUCCUCAGGCUUGUGGAUUGUCACGUGGCAGAAUCGGUCUACCAGCAUGUCACUCUUGUCGUGAGAGAUCUUCGAGCUCGGAUAUGCGGAGUGCCAUCGAUAUCAUUAACGACGGAGGAUCGGAGCGCGCACUUCUUGGUGGACGACGUGGAUUUCGACGGAGACGUCAACUCCUCCACGAUGCAGCUGGUGCCUACAAAAGUCGAGGUGCUGGACCUGGUGCACUCCAUUCUGCUCAAGUACUGCGUGGCCAUGGACGGACUGCCGCGCGUUCUUACUAACGGGCAUUUCAAGCACGUGCUGACGCCAUUCGUGCCUUCAGUUCGACGAGACUUCGCUGCGAGCUUAUUGAAGCCAUCCCACCUCGUCUUCGAGAGUUAUGAGCCAGAACUCCGUGAAAUGCGUAGCGCGCUUGAUCUGCACUUCCGACGCAUUGGGAUCCUUCAGCAGGAGCAUCUGCGGUGCGUCCGCGCCAUCAAAGUCGCAGAGAGGGCGUCCCCAGUGGCGAGAGAUUCCGCUGCUGAGCUAGACGAAGACGGAGCUCGACUCCCACAGCUGCCCGACUUGACCUCCAGUGCAGCAGCUUAUGAGCUGGCGCAGAAGACGUGGAGUCGAUUCGUCCAGUACUCGAGUAGCGCAGCCCCUAUGCUUCAAGUGGGCUACUUGCUUCUGGACCAGAGCUUGUUCGUCGAGAAGCUGCGUCGUCACGUCUCCAAGCGCGUGGACGAAAUGGACGACGCACUGCCCUCGAUCUACCAGCAGUUUUUGGCCAGUCUACUGGAAGACGUGGACGGCUGCAUCGAGAAGGUGACCAAGAUCCCCACUGACCUGGCUGAAGCGAAUGUGUGGCUUGCUCAAGUGACUUCAAUGAUGCAGACGCAUCCGUUCCGGCAGCGGCUGGACGCGAAAAUUGCGAACCUCGCGCGUCUGCGGGCGCUUAUCAAGGAGCGGGGGAUUUUAUCUCUGGACCAAGAAGUGCAGGAGUCGAUCCGGAAGCUCGAGCUGACGUGGGAGUCGGUGAUUGAGACGUUGUUGAUGUGCUUGGCUCGAGUCGAAGAGCGGGGCAGCGAACACCGACGCAGUGUCCUUGACGUGAUCAGCAAAGUCGACGAGUAUAUAACCGCUCAGCUACAGCGUGUUGUCAAGACGUUUGAAGGACUUCCGUCUGGGUACCUCGUAGCGAUGGACCUGGAGCGGAAGAACGUGGUGCAGCAGUAUGAAGAGUACGACCGUGAGCACCGCGCGAUUAUGGACCUGCCACCGACUCAGCAAGCGGUUUGGAGCUCUUCCGCUUCCGAUUCGAGCUCGGACAAGCUGUCGGUGGUGAGUAUGGCGGAUAAACUCCCGAGCGAGCUGUUGCUGCUGUACAUUGUCACCUCGCUGGAGCUUCGACAAUGGUACGCGUCCUGGAAGAAACUGCGCGAGAAGUGGCUGGGAUCCCCACUCUCUGGUGUUCACCCCGGAACGAUGAUCAACCAUAUCAAGCAGUUCCGUCGCCGACUGGGAUACGCGUCCUCGCGACUCUCUCGCUUGUCCUCGGAUUUCGAGUUGAUGCGCACGUUCGACGCCAGCAUCGAGGACAUGCUCAACUGCAAUCGGAUUUUCCAGGCGAUCAGCGGAGGGGCUUUCUCGGACGCGCGCUGGGCGGCAAUGAACCAACUGCUCAAUGUCCAAUCGGGACCGAAUGGUGCAAGUGGAGGAGGACUAACCCUCCGCCGUAUGAAGGAGCAGUGCGAUCCCGACCAGAUCAACGCGCUCCUGGAAUUCUGUGACGAGUGCAUUGUAGAGGCCAAACUUCACACGAAAUUGGAGCAGGCUCGACAGCGACUGGCGCGCAUUGAAGUGCGCGUAGAGGAGACCAACUACAGCGUGCGGUGUGAAGGCAUCGCAGAGGCGCUCGCCCAGUUGGACGACAUCGCAGUGGAGCUGAAGCUCUGCCUUUUUGGCCAGAACCCCGAGCUUCAUCUUUGUCUUGAGCUACGGGCCGACAUGGAGCAGAAGAUCGCCGUGUGUAAGCACAUUCAUACAUACCAGAAACACUGGCGACUACGCUGCGAAGCGACGAAGCUGCACGAGGUGGACGAGUUCUUCUCCAAGCGGUUCAGCGGCGGUGGCGGUGGUAACUUCGCUGUGCCCCGAGGUCGAACAGCGCAACACAAAUCCGGCCUCAAGCAGGAGCAGGCAUUGUGGCACGCGUUCCUUGAAGCGAGUCAUGCGUGGAGUGACCGCCUUCGACGGUUGUUCUUCGUGAGUCCCCAUCAACCGCAAGUUGAGCAGAAGAAAGCAGCUCAGCCUGUGUUGUUGGGGAAGAAGACUAGUGUAUUUGCUGGACCGGCAGUGACCGUGGCUGUUCACCGACGAUUGAGUGCGGCCACCAAGUCCAUGAACUGCACCUUGGACGACGUGAUGGAGAGCUUCGAGGGCUUUGACUUCGAGACCAACCUCGCUGCCUGUGAACGAGGAAUGGAGCUGGUUCUGAGCUACCUCGACUCGGUGCGAGAGAAGCUCCCGCGGAUGUACUGCCUGGAUGAGACCACAAUGCUUGGGCUCCUGCUGCGAGACUCGGACAUGCAGCAGCUCCACCAGGCCCUGGCCAUUUGCUUCCCCCGUGUCCAUCGCUUCGCCAUCUCCCGCGCAGCCAACCGCGUGGGCUCCAGCGUCGAGAUCUACGGGAAGCAGGAGUCACUCGGUGCGCCGGUGCGGGCCAGCAAGACGGACGGCACCAUCGUCAUCUCGGGGCUCGACGGCGUGCAGGGCCAUGACCAAGCAUCUGAAAAGUGCGGCUGCUUCCGCCUCCCCGUGGCCAAAAUCGGCCGCGUCAAGUUUUGGUUCACGCGCCUCGAGGAGGAAAUGUCGUCGAUGGUGGUGGCAGACCUGAAGCGCGCGUUCGAAUGGGUCACACUCGACUCCGACAGCUCGGAAGCCCUGAGCUAUGAGGCUUUUCUCCCCCAGUCGAUCGUCACGGCAUCAGCACUCCGGUUCACGUUCGAAAUGAACCGCGCUCAUCGUUCAGAAGAGCACGAUCUGGUCGUGGAGCAGCUUCAGCGAUUACACUUGGCCAUUACGGAGCGUUUGGGAGCUCUGGACGACAUGAAGAAGCAUUGUUCUUCUGGAGCAUGCAGUUCCAGACCCGAGCGUUUCAAACUGGAAAGGAGAGAGUUAUUCCCUACGAGCCCUGACUUCCUGAAAGCACCGUCCUCUAGCCAAAGCGGUCAAUCUGUCAACUUGUCCGUGAGCUGUCAAGUAGCUCAUCUGCAGAUGCCGUUGGGUCAGGAGUUCGUGGGCUGGGGGAAGCUCGCCAUCAUAUCGCCGUUCACCCAGCGAUGCUCGUAUGCGCUCUUCAGUGCGCUGAGGAUGCAGCACACGGCGCUGGUGGUACCUUACAACGUUCACCAAGCUGGGAACGACCCCACUGCGUUGGUGCGGGGUGUCGCCCAGUUGCUCAUGAGACCGUGCAUCGAGUUUUCAUGCGACCCCAGCGCUGGCGUCACGACUAUCCGUCACUUAGAUAGCUUGGCCAAUGCCGUGUCCAGACUGAAUGGGUUUCUCAUUGUGCGCGCCUUGCUCCACCUCUCGGCUGCGCUGGUCGGAGCAGUGUCCAACUCGCUGGUGCUUCCUCGCCAUGCUGGCGGCGGUUUGUCCUACGGCGCUAGUGCCAUCUUCAUCCCGUUGGAUUCGUCCGAGGAUCUACAGAAGAGUGGCUUGGUUCAAGCGAUACGGACGCAAUUUCGUGCUGUUGCUGUGGCUCGACCAGCCGCCCGGUUCCUCGUCGAGUGUUUGCUACUCGCUGACGGAUUCACAGUUAAGCAGAUACGUGAGCUCAAUGUUAUAGCGGCGUUCGAAGCGAUCGAGGCGGAGAAAACUGGAGCAAUCCGCUCACUCAACGUGGAGGAGCUGGCUCCGCGCAUAGUCGAAGAAGCGCGGCGCCUCCAUGAGCACUACCGAGUCGGCGGCAUGCUGGUGUCAAAGAGCAAAGGAGAUGAGGAAGCUGUCGCCGCUGCUGUUUCCAUUUACCUAGAGAGCGCGUACUCGCUCCCCGGCGGUUGCGAGCAGUUCGAGUUGAUCAUGGAGCUCUGGAGAGCUCUGCAGACGUUCCCAGCUGCGCUGGUGUACGGGUCGCCUGGAAGCGGCAAAACCACUUGUGUCACGGCAUUACACCGCGCGCUGGUAGCAUUGGAGCUGAGUGAGCAGGACGAAGACGGUGAAGAACCAAGCCACGCGCAGCCGCCAUCAACGAUGAAGCAGCUUCGAACAGCGCCCGGUUCGGACUCGCUCAAGUGGAUUCUGGUGGAUGGAGAGGUUGACGGCGGCGUCCUUGACCGAUUACUCGAAGGCGACAAUCGCGCGUGCGUCUCGACGUCCUCAUUGCCCCCCAAUUCGAUCCUUUAUCGGGACCUGAACUCUUGCGUGUUGUCAGGCGACUGUGCAGACCCGCGCUACAGCCCUCGACUGCUGUUCGAAGUGACCAGCGUGGCCAACUUGUCUCCGUCGGCUCUACGAAGGUGCUGGGCCUUACACGUCCCAGCACGAUGCAUCACUGCUGCGAGUAUCAUCGCCUCGUGGCGUACGCGCUGGGAAAACCUGUUAGUGUUCCAGCCAGACUCGCGCGGGUUUGAGGCGAUGGCUGUUGUAUUCAAGACGGUCCAGGUGCUGGUAUUGAACAUUUGCGUCGGCUUUGUCGUCGAGGAAGCAACGCACAGCCAAGGCGAAGCUGUAGAUGAGUUGGUGGGCAGAGGAACCCUACGACUUGGCUUCCUCUCACUGAAUCAUCUCACGCAGACGGCGUUGACGUUCGUCUCGGUCUGCUGCUUCCAGAACAAGUCGCUGCUGCAGGAACUGUCGUAUCUGCGGCUGGUGGAGCUCGCAACGUUCGCGGUUCUCUGGGGUUUUGUUGGCCACCUUCCCGAUCCAUUUAAGCCCAAGCUGGAGAACUACGUGCGCAUGAAGAGCAAGGAGCACAGCGACAUCAAGCACUUGGCCGAGGUGCCACGCGGACUGCUGGACGCGGACGGCUUUGAAGACGUCUGGGAUGAGCUGCAGCCGAGAUUCGCAGCCCCCGCCUUCGACUCCUCCAGUGGCCAAGUUCUGGUGCUGGUUCCAGCCGCGACCUCGCUGAUCCGCAUGUGCACGGUCCUACUACAUUCGUGGCGUUCAUUCGUGCUCAUCGGCCCUGCAGCAAGUGGUAAGACGUCGCUACUGCGAUGGCUGGUGCAGCAGAACCGCGAGGCUGAAGCGGCCGAGAUGAAGAUCGAGACGUCCUUAGACGAGCGCCACGUUCAUGGGAUUCUGGACUGGACUGGAGUUCCUGCUGCCUGGUUUCAGCCUUUGGACCGACGAGAUAGCGCCGCUAGCUCCCGAGCGAAGAUGCGGGAGGAGACGGAGCUGUUCGCUGGGCGUUCAAGGCACUCGUUCGUCUUCCUUGACGAUUUAAACGCC